UUCUCGGGUUGAUUUGUGCCGCGAAUAACUGAAAAAAAUUCUGUAGGAAAGAUCGUGUUUGGAAGCGUGGAACAUAACCUGUACGAAACAAAUGACAGUAUAUAAUUUAUAUAUAGCAGCAAGAAGCAAAUUUAACAACAUGAUAGAGUUUCUUUCUCUUACACUCGUGUACAAUUUCUUGAUGAAGAAGUAUCUUUUGAAAUUUAACUAGGACUUUAUAGUGAAUGUUUGAGAUAUAGGUUACGUUUGACACCCAACUUUUAAUAUUUUUUUUUUAUAGCGCAAUAAGUUAUUUGUCUUCUCUCUCGAAGAUAUCGCGAUUGCCAUCCUACUUGUGCGAGUUCUCUCGUCGGAAAACAUUCCUCUCUAAACAAUAGUCGCGUUGCCAAUCUGUGAAGAUGUUGCAGAGAAUAAAUGGUUUGCUACAAAUCACCGCUCAUGGGUACAAAGUGAGCAACAGAUACUUGAAUUUUGUUCCUAUUGUGGUGGAACAAAGUGGACGCGGUGAACGUGCAUACGACAUUUAUUCGCGUCUUCUGAAAGAGAGAAUUAUUUGUCUCAUGGGCCCGGUGACAGAUGUUGUAGCUUCAGCGGUAAUUGCUCAACUUCUCUUUCUUCAGUCGGAAAGCAGUAAAAAUCCAAUUCAUUUAUAUAUCAAUUCACCUGGCGGAAGCGUAACGGCAGGACUCGGGAUAUACGACACUAUGCAAUACGUUCUUCCCCCAAUCUCCACUUGGUGUGUAGGUCAAGCGUGUUCUAUGGCAAGUCUACUUUUAGCGGCUGGAACCAAAGGCAUGCGUCACUCUUUACCAAAUGCUAGAAUCAUGAUACAUCAACCAUCGGGAGGUGUGCAAGGACAAGCUACGGAUAUUCAGAUACAAGCCACAGAAAUCCUUAAGUUGAAGCAACAGAUCAACGAGCUGUAUGUCAAACAUACCGGGCAGAAUUUAGAAGAUAUAGCAAAGAGUAUGGAGAGAGAUAAUUUUAUGAGUCCAGCGCAAGCCAAAGAGUUCGGGAUUAUAGAUAAGGUAUUGGCCCAUCCUAUGCAAGAGGAAAUUGCAGAAGCAGCAACAGAGAAAACAGACGAUGUAACGACGAAACCUUAAUACUGCUGGAUGGGAUAGGUAUAUAGGUCCCAUUUUAUUGUUAUGUUGUAACAAACGCAUUAAAAAGAUGUAUCAUUAUUUAAUAAUAAUAAACUAUUUAUAAAACAA